CUCGUGUCCAGUGUUCUACGAGCUUCGCGGUCACUUAGCUCUUGAUAUAAGCUUCUAGGGUGUUGCACGAUUUUCAGAGACGGUCUGAAACGGACGGUUGAGACAAAUCAACAUUUCAAGGGCGCGACCCAUGCCGGAGAUUCCGGACAUUGCUUCGUUUUGACUACACCCGUCAUUUCCUUGUCAAAAUUCCACAACAUGUACCAUGCGUGAGACUACAAGUUCGCUGCGCAAACAACCAUAACGAUUCGACUUUCAUAAGCAAUAACUUAGCACGGUUUUCCGAGAUCCCGUGGUCUCAUCAUCGCUGCUACAACUACCACGUCGCAGUCUUAGCUUCCCGCAGUCCGUUACACUUAGCAUUAGCGGAUCUGCAAAAACCAUUUUCUGAUCUUUGAGGCUUAUCCUCAUUAUUGGACUGCUCUCAAGGACACCAGUGAUAUCUGACGUCCCAUGGCACCUCGAUCAAAGGGCGUUAUUUCCGAUAGCGAGCCUACCCGUUCGUCAGGAAAGAAGAAUGCAAGAAGACCAACGUCACCAGCCGCGCAAUGUGCAUGCCAAAAUGCUAAUCUUCUUAAGCCAAAGCGCAAGGCAAAGUCCAAAACACCAAUGAGCCAAGAAGAAAUCGCGGCUCAAAUCGCAGCACGCAUAGCUCAAUUAUCUGUUAGCCCUAACGAUGCGCACCUGCAACCAUCCGUGAAGGUCAAGUCUAUUGCAGAGCUGCGUAGCACCAAGAUAGCACGUCUCACCACCCAAAUUGCAGCCAACGAGGCCGAAAUCGCGCGCUUGGAGCGCGAGUACGCGCUCGCCAAAGAAAGGUUGGAUCGUGAGACGAAGGCCUUGGAGUUUCACAAGGAUCCAACCGUCAAUCCCUCGAGCGACCCCGCGCGUUCCAAUGCCGUUCCCCGUGCGCAGUCAAAAGAAACUUUAGCUAUGAUGGAAGAUGCACGCGCAAAGCUCGAAACUGUCGCAGAUCGCGCCCAGAACUUACUCAGCAGGUUCAAAGACGGUGAAAUCAACGAGUACGCCGCGAUGAGAGAGCUUAAAGACCUUCUAGAAAGCGCGAAGGACGGCGGCUGCGACGUCGCUGGUUUAUGCCGCAUGGUAGCCGCAUCAGACUUCAAAAGUCCAACCAACUUGGGUGACAUGGAUAGAAGAGUCGAGCCGGCAAGAAAACGCAAGGUUCAGGAUGUCAAGGUCGAGGAGAUGAAUGCGAGAGUCACUCAAGAAAAGCGGAAGAUUGAGAGUAGAAGGGAGGCACAGGACACCCAAGCGGCCCCCAGUGUAUCAAAUACAACCGACAUGGCAACCUUGGGGCCAGUGAAGACAAGUCUUUCGCAGCAGUAGCCAACUAUGAAACGAAAUUCGUAUUGAUCAUAAGCGACAAGUGACGCCGCAAGAUAAAAUGGUUCCUUACGUCUGUCUUGACCACGCCGAUAGUAU